AUGACAGAGACAAGCUGGAGAAAUCAAACAUUCAUUACAGAAUUCAUCCUUCUUGGAUUCAGGGAACUUCCUGCAUUGCAAAUCCCUCUCUUCCUGAUCUUUCUACUGAUCUACAUUGUGACCAUGGCUGGGAACAUCCUCAUUGUUGUUCUGGUUGUGGCUGAUCAGAACCUUCACACCCCCAUGUAUUUUUUCCUGGGGAACUUGUCCUGCUUGGAGACCUGCUAUACCUCCACCAUCCUCCCCAGGAUGCUGGCCAGUUCAAUGACUGGGAACAGGAGCAUUUCCAUUAGGAGAUGCUUUGUGCAGUAUUUCAGUUUUGUUUUCCUGGGAGCUGCUGAAUGUUACCUACUCUCUGUGAUGUCUUAUGAUAGGUACUUAGCAAUCUGUAAGCCAUUGCAUUAUGCAGCCCUUAUGAAUAUCAGGCUGCGUGUCUUCCUAGCAAUUGUUUCCUGGGUAAGUGGAUUUUUGGCAAGUACAAUCACAACGGUAACAAUAUCACAGUUAUCUUUCUGUGGUCCCAGUGAUAUUGAUGAUUUUCUCUGUGAUUCAACUCCAAUCAUUAAACUCUCCUGCAGCGAUGCUCACCUGGUACAACUUACGACUUUCACAUUGACCGUUAUAUUCACAUUGCCCCCAUUUCUUUUGACAUUGUUUUCUUACAUCUUCAUUAUCUCAGCCAUCCUGAGGAUCCCUUCCACCACUGGGAGGCAAAAGACAUUUUCCACCUUCUCUUCUCAUCUCAUUGUGGUGACAAUGUUCUAUGGGACUUUGAUAUUUAUCUACAUAUUACCAAAGUCCCCCAAACUGAGCCAACUUAAAAAAGUGUUCUCUCUCCUCUACACUGUUGUGACGCCAAUGGUUAACCCUCUUGUCUAUAGCCUAAGAAACAAAAUGGUGAAGGAAUCCUUAAGAAAUAUGCAUGCUGAGGAACCAGACAGUAAACGAUUCACUGAGAAAAGCUUUUAA